CGAUUAACGUGUUUUAUUAUCGAAAAUCCGUAUUGAACUCGUACAUGCAUAAUAAUAAUGUUCAAUAAUACCUAUCAUAAAUUAGUGAAUCUGAUAAUACGAAACGGUAAUGAUCGAAUUUUCCCAACCCACGCAGCAUAACAUUAAUCGCGCAUACGAUUUGUGUGCGUUAUAAUGAAUGAUAUUAAGUUUUCUUGGUUCCGAUUUAUGAUAAGAACGCGUUUUACUUAUAUAUAACCCGAGUCGUUCAGACAGAUAGUCUACAGUCAACACUCGAACGGUCGAUCGUUCGCAUUGUCUCAACAGUCUGAUCGAUUAAUCGAUUUCAUAUAAUAAAUUAAUAAAUAAAAUAAUUUUAUCAUCCGCGUCACCACCAUGGCCAGUCGCCGUGUAAGCAUCAACGACUAUGACUCCAACGCGCCUAGCAACUUAUUCCGGACCAAUGGCCAAAAUUUAUCCGGCAUGGGAAAUAAAAAGAGAGAAAUCAACGCUCCUCUCAUCGUCGUUUCCAAUCGACUUCCAUUCGUGUUGGGUAAAAACGCAGACGGAGACUUAGUACGGAAACAAAGUGCCGGUGGUCUUGUAACGGCCGUCGCACCAGUUGUUGUCGAAUGUAAUGGCACAUGGAUUGGAUGGUCCGGUUCCUUCGAUUUAAAACCAAAUGAUCCAAUUCCGGAAUCUGAUCCGGAAGACAAAGCUCCAACAGCUGGACUCAAAUCUAGUCAAAUUAUUCCGGUACACUUAGAUAAAAGUGAAAUCGAAGAAUUUUACAACGGUUGUUGUAAUGGCACGUUUUGGCCAUUAUUUCACUCGAUGCCCGAUCGUGCAAAUUUCGUAUCUAGGGACUGGAAAACAUACUGUAAAGUCAACGACAAGUUUGCCGAUUGCACGCUGGACGCCCUGCGGGAUGCUAUAAAAACCCUAGACAACGCCGGAGAUUACCAUACGGCUCCCUUGGUGUGGAUCCAUGAUUAUCAGCUACUGACAACCGCGACUAAAAUUCGUCAAGUGUGCGAAGCAGAAAAUUUGAGGUGUAAACUGGGAUUCUUCUUACAUAUACCGUUUCCAUCGUGGGACAUUAUGAGACUGUUGCCUUGGGACGAUCAAGUUCUCCAGGGAAUGUUGGCUUACGAUUUCACCGCGUUCCAUAUCGAGGACUACUGCUUGAACUUCAUUGACUGCUGCUGUCGGCGGCUAGGAUGCCGCGUGGACCGGACCAACAUGUUGGUGGAGUUGGCCGGUAGGACCAUACAGGUGAAAGCGCUGCCGAUUGGAAUACCGUUCGACCGUUUCGUCCAAUUGUCGGAGAAGGCCCCGGCGUUCCUGAACCUGUCGGACGAUGUCAAGGUAAUACUGGGUGUGGACAGACUGGACUACACCAAGGGUCUGGUGCACCGGAUCUUGGCGUUCGAGAAGUUCCUGGACAAGUACCCGGAGCACCGGGAGAAGGUGGUGCUGCUGCAGAUCUCAGUGCCAUCCAGGACGGACGUUAAGGAGUACAAACAGCUCAAGGACGAGACAGAACUGCUGAUCGGCCGCAUCAACGGCCGGUUCUCGAUGCCCAACUGGUCGCCGAUCCGGUACAUCUACGGGUGCCUGAGCCAAGAGCAGUUGGCCGCCCUGUACCGGGACUGCGCGGUGGCCCUGGUGACGCCACUCCGGGACGGUAUGAACCUGGUGGCGAAGGAGUUCGUGGCGUGCCAGAUCCGGACGCCGGGUGUGUUGAUCCUGUCGCCGUUCGCCGGUGCCGGGGGCACCAUGCACGAGGCGCUGCUGGUCAACCCGUACGAGCUGGACGAGAUGGCCAACGUGCUGCACCGGGCCCUGCGGAUGCCGCUGGACGAGCGCGAGUUGCGCAUGACGCAGCUCAGGCACCGCGAACAGCUGCUGGACGUCAACUACUGGAUGACGUCGUUCUUCUCGUCGAUGGGCGCGUUGGGCGACGACUCGGGUGACGGCAAAGCCGACGACGGUACCGGACUGCCGUCCAAGAGCAUGCAACUGCAGCUGGACGACUUCGACAUGUACCUGAGCAACCACAUCGCGGGCGCGGGCAAGCUGAGCUUGAUCCUGGACUACGACGGCACACUCACGCACCUCACGUCGCACCCCGACCUGGCCGUCAUGUCCGAGGAGACGGUCAAGGUGCUGCAGCGGCUCAGCCGCAUGCCGGACGUGAACAUCGCCAUCAUAUCGGGCCGGACGCUGGACAACGUCAAGUCCAUGGUGGGCAUCGAGAACGUGACGUACGCGGGCAGCCACGGCAUCGAGAUCCUGCACCCGGACGGCACCAACUUCGUGCACCCGGUGCCCAGGCAGUACGAGCAAAAGGUGGCCGAGCUGCAGAAGGUGCUCAGGGACGAGGUGUGCGGCGACGGCGCUUGGGUGGAGAACAAGGGCGUGAUGCUGACGUACCACUACCGGGAGGUGCCGGCCGCCCGGCGCGAACACCUGGAACGCCGAGCUGUGGAGAUAUUCGAGGCGGCCGGUUUCGAGCCGCACCGCGGGUUCCUGGCCAUCGAGGGCAAGCCGCCGGUCACGUGGGACCAGGGCCGCGCGUCCAUUUACAUACUGCGCACCACGUACGGCGUCGACUGGUCCGAGCGAGUGCGCGUCGUGUACGCGGGCAACGAGGACGCCAUGUUGGCGCUGCAGGGCAUAGCGUGCACGUUCCGCGUCGACCCGUCGCCGAUGGUCCAGACGGCCGCCGACUUCCGGUUGUCCGGUCCCGACGCCGUGCUCACUAUGCUCAAGUGGGUGGAGAAGGAGAUGCACAAGCGGCUGCCGACGCUCGGCGGCCGGACGGUCAGCAACAGCCGGUUGCAGAACGCGGCGCUGGCGCACAGCAUCCGGUCACAGAUGAGCAUCGACCAGAAGGAGGAGGAGAAGGAGAAGAUGAUCCUACUUGCCCGGAGGUCCAAACUCACCACCACUUGAGCGACCGGUCGAAACGACGACUAGCGCCGCCGCACGCAACACCGCUACCGCGUUAAGGACUUUAAUUAUUAAUGAUAUAAUAUUGUAUAAGUUGUACUCGACGGAAUGACUGCGCGUCAUACGCGUCAUAAUAAUAUAACGGUUAGGAGGCGCCUGUUCCGAGGACGCCGUCGCGUUUCGUUGUAAGUUUAUUGUUUAGAUUCUAUAUAGAUUUAGGAAUAUGAUAUUAUAUGUGUAUUUGAAUAAUUUUUUGACUAUUUGUUUUAUUUUUUUAUAUAUGUAUUGUUUUUAUUAUAUUAUUGAAUACGAUUA